CAGUUUCAAUGUCUUUCAAUUCAGUUCCCAGGGUCAAACCUCUGUGGGGUCGCCCAUGUCCAUGAUGACCUCCCCCACCCCACAGAUCGUACCAUCUCCACGGCAGCCAGGCAGCAUGCCCACCAGUGUGCCGUCACCCAGCAACAUGCUCAACACUCCAGGUAACCCAGGCUCAGUUGGGGCAGCCCCUAGCCCUGCUGACCCUUCCAAUGACCCCUACCUGGAGAAACUCAAGUCUCUUUCCAUAUACCUGGAACCCCUGCGAAGGAUGAUCAAGAAAUCAGAGGACGCCAAAGGUUCGGCCACUGAGCAGCGACAACAGGAGAUCAACAAGCUCCUCAAGCUGCAUGAGAUACUCACCAACCCUGUCAAACGAGUGAGUUUAGAAACACUCAUGAAGUGUGAGCAGGCUUUGGAAAGAAUGACGAAAUUUACCUCCACACCAGUUGUGCAGCCACCGCCCGUGAUGCCCCAGGUACACAUGUGUCAGCCCCUACUUGACUCUGUAGGAGCCCUUAUCACGUCCUCCACCUUCAACCACACUCUACAGAAGACAUUCGGGCCUGCGAUGUCAGCCAUAUUUGGAAAUCCCAUUAGAGUCCCCAGCCCUCCGCCCAAGAGGAGGUGUGUGGAGGUGAAGAGCUCCAUCCCAGACAUCCUACAGGGGGAGCUUGCGAGACUCGACCCUCGCUUCAAUGUCAAACUUGACCCGAUGCAGCAUGCUGGCUCCCAUGACAUCCAUCUUGUAUGCAGGCUAGACGAUGACAACCUGCCUGGUGUUCCCCCCAUACUGAUCACGGUCCCAAAUGAUUACCCCAGCAAUAGUCCAGAGUGCUCCAUGGUCCGUAAAGACUAUGAGGGCUCCCCAUUCCUGCUCUCCAUUCAGCGGUCUCUGGUCAGCCAUCUUGUGGACCUUCCUAGCAUUUUCAACUUCACCUCCCUACUCAACAUGUGGGAAAUGAGCGUGAGAAAGGCAUGUGCCCCCAACAGCUGAAUGGAUGACAGAGGGAACACACAUGGUUCUUCUCUUCAGAAUGGCAGAGAUCUGUGCAGACUGCACAGGGUUAUCUGGGACGACACUAAGCGAAUGGAUUAAGCCAAGUUUACCCAGAACGAGGCUCAUUUAUGUGUGCAAAGCCAGUGAUGAUCUACAGAUUCGAACAUUGAUACAAAGUUCUGGCCUGCUUCUGAUUGGACAUCAUAUAAUUUCAAUAUUUGUUGAACAAAUUGUUCUUGAAGUGCACAGUCAGUGACUGGUUGUCAAUUGGGAAAUAAAUGUAUAUAAUUUUUA